AUGCCACGAUGCACUUAUUCCUAUGCCUAUAGUCAAACAUUGAACAGAACAAGUUGUCCAGAUAUCCAUCCGUACACCCAAGCAUACACACACAUACACACAUACACACACACAUACACACACACACACACACACAUAUAUAUAUAUAUAUAUUCGUGUAUAGUCGAUCAGGAUCGUCAGAAGCAGCUGAUAGAUGCUCCGCCUUGCAUUAUUGAAAUAAUCCAAUGGACGAGAAAGUGA